GACGUAGUAUUUAGUGAAUUAUGGCGGAAGUUCGGAAACGUCAACAUGUGCAAAUUGAAGGGAAAACCUCGGAUAAAAGCUCAGUAUCCAAGAAUGACAGUAAAGGGAUGACGAGCGGGAGGUCAGCCGUGUUUCUGAAGCUUUUCGCUGCCGGAUUUUACGGGCUGAGCUCGUUUUUAAUCGUUGUUGUGAACAAAAGCGUCCUCACCAGUUACAGAUUCCCCUCAUCAACAUGUGUUGGGAUCGGUCAAAUGCUGGCUACAGUACUUGUACUAGGAGCUGCAAAGGCAAUAGGUGUCAUCACAUUUCCAGGUUUGGACAGGAGCAUCCCAAACAAGAUGUUUCCCCUACCGCUUCUGUAUGUUGGGAAUCAGGUAUCAGGACUUCUAGGAACCAAGCGACUCAAUCUACCCAUGUUUACAGUUUUAAGAAGAUUCUCUAUUUUGUUAACCAUGUUGGCUGAGGGAAUCCUACUGAAAAAGACAUUCUCUGGACCUAUCAAGGCAACAGUGUUUGCCAUGAUCUUUGGAGCCUUUGUAGCUGCGAGCACGGAUUUGGCCUUUGAUCUCCAAGGCUAUGUUUUCAUAAUGCUCAACAAUGUUCUGACUGCAGCCAAUGGGGCCUAUGUGAAACAGAAACUUGAUUCCAAGGAGCUUGGCAAAUAUGGGCUGCUGUAUUACAACGCUUUAUUUAUGAUCAUCCCUACAGUGGCAUAUGCACAUUUCGCUGGGGAUCUACAAAUGGCAUUUGAGUUUGAAGGGUGGUCGGACAUGCUGUUUCUGUUCCAGUUUGUGCUUACCUGUGUUAUGGGCUUUGUUUUAAUGUACUCCAUUGUGCUUUGCACUCAGCACAACUCUGCAUUGACCACCACCAUAGUGGGCUGUAUUAAAAAUAUUUUAGUCACUUAUCUUGGAAUGGUCUUUGGUGGAGACUAUAUUUUCACCUGGGUCAACUUCAUUGGAUUAAACAUCAGCAUUGCCGGCAGUCUGGUGUACUCCUACAUCACGUUCACAGAUGAACAAUCAAAAAAACUUUAAAAUGGGGGUGCCACUGGAAGGUUGGAGCUGGACUUUAAGACGUACGUGUAUGUCGAACAUUUAUUUACCUUUGGCCACUAUUUCAACAUUUUCUUAAUCAUACUAUCACAAGACUGAAUCAGUGUUAAAGAAGAUUUGUGCCUAAUCAAGUAAAUGCAGUAACUAUGGCCAGAAUUCAAUAAGACACGUAGUACUGUAAACGUUUUUUCUUCUUGAGCCAACAUCUGCAGUGUUUAGCAUGAAUGCUAUCUCCACAAACUUCUGGGAAAUUGCCUUUUGUCGGUUCUGCAAUGUACUUGUUGACAAUGUGCCUCUGAUUCUCUACCUGUUCGUUCACAUUGCAUAAUGUAAAAAUGUUGUGGCCAUGAGCCAUUUGAUACUUUGUUUAUUCAAAAAUGUUUUUGCUUAGAAAUUAGGUUCAAAGCGCUUUACAUUAUUUACUAUGUUCAACAUUUUAAACCUCAAAUGUUGGUUACAUGCAUAUUUCAACAUUAAUUUCCUGUCACUGAUGAAAUGUAUGCAAACUCCCCCACAUAAUUCAAAUCAAUUUUCCCACCCUGUAAAAUCAUUACAUUUUAUCAUUGAUAAAGUGCCUAUUUUGCAGUUAGGCCACAGUAAAAACAUGAAAUAACA